GCACCGGCGGAAAGCUGGACCGAUCGCUCACAGCCAGAAGCUCCGUUACGCCGCACCUGGCAAACUGAAGAAGAAAGAAGAAAAGGAAAAAGAGGAGAAACUCGAGGGAAAGUCAAAGUGCGCAGAGUGAAGACGCAGCGACGCAUAGCUGGGGGGAUUGAAAGGAGCGGGGCAUGUGGAUAUUGGCUCUUAUCUUUUUCCACCGCAUCUUGAAUGUUUUCAGUGAAGAUCUACAUUCCAGCUUAUAUUUUGUCAAUGCAUCUCUGCAAGAGGUAGUGUUCGCCAGCACCACAGGGACCCUGGUCCCCUGUCCCGCGGCGGGCGUGCCCCCAGCAACGCUGCGCUGGUACCUUGCCACAGGAGAGGAGAUCUAUGAUGUUCCAGGGAUCCGCCACGUGCACCCCAAUGGCACUCUCCAGAUCUUCCAUUUCCCCCCUUCAAGCUUUAGCAACUUAAUUCAUGAUAACACAUACUAUUGCACAGCUCAGAAUCCUUCAGGGAAAAUUAGAAGCCAAGAUGUUCAUAUUAAGGCCGUCUUACGGGAGCCCUACACGGUCCGUGUGGAGGACCAGAAAGCCAUGAGAGGCAAUGUGGCGGUCUUCAAGUGCAUUAUCCCCGCCUCGGUGGAGGCCUAUGUCACUGUUGUAUCGUGGGACAAAGACACAGUCUCGCUUGUCUCAGGAUCUAGAUUUCUCAUUACAUCCACGGGAGCCUUGUAUAUUCUGGAUGUACAGAAUGAGGACGGAUUGUAUAACUACCGCUGCAUCACCCGGCAUCGUUACACUGGUGAGACCAGGCAAAGCAACAGCGCCCGCCUCUUUGUGUCAGACCCAACUAACUCAGAGCCAGUGAUUCUGGAUGGCUUUGAACGCCGAGAGGUUAUGGCAUCUCACCGGGUUGAGCUCCCAUGUAAAGCAUCAGGCCACCCAGCCCCCAAAUACCGCUGGCUCAAAGAUAACAGCCCCCUGGAGCCGGACAGCCGCUUUCGGCAAAGCGUGACAGGCCUGCUGAUUGAGAGCACCCGGCCCAGUGACACAGGAAGCUACGUGUGUGAGGUGUGGAACAGCUAUGGAAAUGCUGAAGUUGUCGGGCAGCUCCUAGUUAAACAGCCCCUGAAGGCAGUGGUGAGUCCACGCAAGGUAAAGGGCAGCGUAGGCAGCCAGGUGUCCUUGUCCUGCAGCGUCAGUGGCUCAGAUGAGUACGAGAUCUCUUGGUACCGCAACGGAGAGAUCAUCUACCCUGGUAACAAUGUGAGGAUCACUGGCAUCAACAGGGAGAACCUGGUGAUGGAGGGUAUGGCCAAGAGCGAUGCAGGCGCCUACCAAUGCUUCGCCCGUAAGGGCAAGAUGUCUGCACAGGACUUUGCGCAGGUCAUCUUAGAAGAUGGUACCCCAAAGAUCCUGUCAGCCUUCAGUGAGAAGGUGGUCAACGCCAAAGAGCCCGUGUCCCUAGUGUGCAACGUCAAGGGAACGCCACUGCCCACAGUCACUUGGACCCUGGAUGAUGAGCCUGUGGUGAAGGACAGCCACCACCGCAUGGGCCAGAUCAUCACCAUGGAGGGGAAUGUGCUCAGCUACCUAAACAUCACCAACACCCAGGUCCAUGACGGUGGCGUUUACCGCUGCACCUGCAACAACUCCGCGGGGGUGGUCUCCUACCAGGCUCGAAUAAACGUAAGAGGUAGUGCCAGCAUCCGGCCAAUGAAAAAUGUCACAGCCAUAGCUGGGCGAGACAUGUACAUCCACUGCCGUGUGAUUGGCUACCCAUAUUACUCCAUCAAGUGGUACAAGAAUUCCAACCUGCUGCCCUUCAAUCACCGCCAGCGUGCCUUCGAGAACAACGGCACCCUGAAGCUGUCGGAUGUGCAGAAAGACGUUGACGAGGGCGAGUACACCUGUUCAGUGCUGGUGCAGCCCCAGGUUGAGACCAGUGAGAGUGUUCAUGUCACGGUCAAAGUGCCACCUUUCAUCCAGCCCUUUGAGUUCCCACGAUUCUCCAUCGGCCAGCGGGUCUUCAUCCCCUGCGUAGUGGUUUCCGGCGACCUGCCUAUCUUUAUCACCUGGCAGAAGGAUGGGCGGUCAAUCCCAGCCAGCCUGGGCGUCACCAUUGACAACAUAGAUUUCACCAGCUCCCUGCGCAUCUCCAACUUGUCACUUAUGCAUAACGGCAACUACACCUGCAUUGCUCGCAAUGAUGCAGCCGCCGUUGAACAUCGCAGUCAGCUCAUCGUCCGAGUUCCUCCAAGGUUUGUGGUUCAACCCAGGGAUCAGGAUGGUAUUUAUGGAAAAGCUGUGAUCCUCAACUGCUCCGCUGAAGGUUACCCAGUCCCCACCAUAGUGUGGAAGUAUUCCAAAGGCGCGGGUGUGCCCCAAUUCCAGUCUAUCGCCCUCAACUCGGGCUUCCGGAUCCAGAUGCUGGUCAACGGCUCAUUGCUCAUCAAACACCUCCUGGAGGAGGACAGUGGAUACUACCUGUGCAAGGUCAGCAACGACGUGGGAGCUGACGUCAGCAAGUCCAUGUACCUCAACGUCAAAAUCCCAGCUAUGAUCACGUCGUACCCCAACACAACGCUCGCCACACAGGGUCAGAAGAAGGAGAUGAGCUGCACUGCGCACGGAGAGAAGCCCAUCAUGGUGCGCUGGGAGAAAGAAGAUCGCAUCAUCAAUCCAGAGAUGAGCCGUUACAUGGUCACCGUCAAAGAGGUGGCCGAUGAGGUCAUCUCUACGCUUCAGAUUCUGCCUACAGUGAGGGAGGAUUCUGGGUUCUUUUCCUGCCAUGCAAUCAACAGCUAUGGAGAAGACAGAGGAAUCAUUCAGCUAACAGUACAAGAACCUCCUGAUCCCCCAGAAGUAGAGAUCCGUGAGGUCAGGGAUCGGACAAUUGCUCUCCGCUGGACCAUGGGUUUUGAUGGCAACAGUCCCAUCACUGGCUAUGACAUUGAAUGCAAAAACAAAUCAGCAUCUUGGGGUUCAGCCCAAACAACCAAAGACGUCUCCCCCCAGCUGAACCAGGCAACCAUCAUUGAUCUACACCCCUCAUCCACCUACAACAUCCGCAUGUUUGCCAAAAACCACAUUGGCAAGAGCGAGGCCAGCAACGAGCUUACCAUCACGACUGAUGAAGCAGCCCCUGAUGGCCCCCCACAGGAAGUACAGCUUGAGGCAAUCUCCUCACAGAGCAUCAAAGUUACCUGGAAGGCACCCAAGAAGCACCUACAGAAUGGUAUGAUCCGAGGCUACCAGGUGGGCUAUCGGGAGUACAGCACAGGUGGGAGCUAUCAGUUCAACAUCAUCAGCGUUGACACCACGGGUGACACGGAGACCAUCACCCUAGACAACUUGAAGAAGUUCACCCAGUAUGGUGUGGUGGUGCAGGCUGGCAACCGAGCAGGGACAGGGCCAUCCUCCCAGGAAGUCAUCACCACCACACUGGAGGAUGUUCCCAGCCGUGCCCCUGAAAACGUUCUAGCCACCGCCACAUCCCCGGAGACGAUCUCCUUGUCCUGGUUGACUCCUGCCAAAGAAGCACUCAAUGGUAUCCUCCAGGGCUUCCGAGUCAUCUACUGGGCCAAUUUGCCCGACGGAGAGUUGGGAGAGAUCAGGAACGUCACCACCUCGCAGCCAUCUCUGGAACUGGACGGUCUGGAGAAGUACACCAACUACAGCAUCCAGGUGCUGGCCUUCACUCGGGCUGGGGACGGGGUACGCAGCGAGCAGAUCUUCACACGCACCAAGGAGGAUGUUCCUGGGCCUCCUGCCGGAGUGAAAGCCGCAGCCUCCACCAGCUCAGUGGUGUUUGUCUCCUGGCUGCCCCCGCUCAAGCUCAACGGGAUCAUCAGGAAGUACACGGUGUUCUGCUCCAACCCCUACCCCACGGUGAUGAGCGAAUUUGAGGCCUCCCCUGAUGCGUACUUCUACCGCAUUCCCAACCUAAGCCGCAACAGACAGUACAGCAUCUGGGUUGUCGCAGUGACGGCAGCAGGUCGUGGUAAUGCCAGUGACAUCAUCACCGUUGAACCACUUGCUAAAGCUCCAGCCCGUAUCUUGACGUUCAGCGGCACCGUGACAACACCUUGGAUGAGGGACAUUGUGUUGCCCUGCAAAGCAGUGGGAGACCCGCUCCCCACCAUCAAGUGGCUGAAGGGGAGUAAUGGCACUCCAGCACCUGUCCAGAUUGACGGGCGACGCAGCGUCCAUGGCAAUGGCAGCUUCAUCAUUCGCACCGUGAAAGCUGAGGAUUCUGGGUACUACAGCUGCGUGGCUAGUAACAGCUGGGGGUCAGAUGAAAUCAUGCUCAACCUGCAGGUUCAAGUUCCCCCUGACCAGCCACGUCUCACGGUAACCAAGACAACUACAACAUCAAUUACUCUGUCCUGGAUACCAGGAGACAAUGGUGGGAGCUCCAUCAGAGGGUAUAUUCUGCAAUAUUCAGAGGACAACAGUGAGCAGUGGGGCAGCAUUCCCAUCAGUCCCAGCGAGCGCUCGUACCGCCUAGAGAACCUCAAGUGCGGCACCUGGUACAAGUUCACCCUUACAGCCCAGAACGGGGUGGGCCCAGGACGCAUCAGCGAGAUUAUUGAGGCCAAGACACACGGUAAAGAGCCCCAGUUCCCCAAAGAACAUGAGCUGUUUGCCAGCAUUAACUCCACGCGCGUCAGGCUGAACCUCGUUGGCUGGAACAAUGGCGGAUGCCCUAUCACCUCCUUCACACUGGAGUACCGGCCUGUGGACUCCACCGUUUGGACCACAGCCCAGCGCACCUCCCUGACCAAAAGCUACAUCCUGUACGACCUGCAGGAGGCCACCUGGUACGAGCUGCAGAUGAAAGUGUGCAACAGCGCAGGAUAUGCAGAGAAGAAGGUCAAAUUCGCCACCCUUAAUGCGGAUGGAAGCACCAUUCCUCCACUGGUGAAGAUGGUGGACGAAAGCAAGGACAACAUGUCCAGCAAUGAAGGCUUGAAGAUGAUGGUGACCAUCUCUUGUGUCCUGGUGGGCAUAGUCCUGCUCUUCAUCCUGUUGAUGGUGCUAAGGAGGAGGAGGAGGGAACAGCGGCUAAAGAGGCUGCGAGAUGCGAAAAGUUUGGCAGAAAUGCUAAUGAGUAAGAAUACCAGGACGCCUGACACCAUGAACAAGCAGCAACAGACCCUCAGGAUGCACAUAGACAUUCCUAGAGCCCAGCUUCUGAUAGAGGAGCGGGACACCAUGGAGACAAUCGAUGACAGGUCCACUGUCCUGCUAACAGAUGCUGACUUUGGAGAGACUGCCAAGCAGAAGUCCUCCACAGUCACGCACACGGUCCACUACCAGUCCCUCUCCCAAGCCACAGGCCCACUGGUGGAUGUCUCCGAUGCCCGGCCCGGAACCAACCCCACGGCUCGUCGCACUGCCAAGGCCGGCCCCGCAACCCGCAGCCGAUACGCCAGCCAGUGGACGCUCAACAGGCCGCACCCGCCCGUCUCCUCCCACACACUCACCACAGACUGGAGGCUGCCCACGCCACGGGCAGCUGGCUCCGUGGACAAGGAGAGCGAUAGCUACAGUGUGAGCCCCUCUCAGGACACAGAUCGUGCACGGAGCAGCAUGGUGUCCACAGAGAGUGCCUCCUCCACCUACGAGGAGCUGGCUCGUGCCUAUGAGCAUGCCAAGAUGGAAGAGCAGCUACGACACGCCAAGUUCACCAUCACCGAGUGCUUCAUCUCUGACACGUCCUCGGAGCAGCUGACCGCCGGCACCAACGAAUACACCGACAGCCUGACCUCAAGCACGCCGUCCGAAUCGGGCAUCUGCAGGUUCACGGCAUCCCCGCCUAAACCUCAGGACGGAGGGCGGGUCAUGAACAUGGCAGUUCCCAAGGCGCACAGACCUGGAGGCGAGCUUGUACACCUGCCCCCCUAUCUCCGGAUGGACUUCCUGCUAAACCGAGGCCUUCCCACGUCCAGCCGGGAAGCGACCUUGGGCCAGGCGUGUCUGGAGCCACAGAAGAGCCGCACGCUCAAGCGGCCUGCCCUGCUGGAGCCGACACCGGUAGAGGCGCCCGCCGGCCGGGAGGUGCAGCAGUGGCAGCCCGGGACUGCCUCCACAUUGCCGCAGCGGGAGGCUGGGGACCUGGCGCAGGCCACCAAAAUGAGCAGCUCCCAGGAGUCUCUGCUGGACUCAAGAGGACACCUGAAACAGAGCAGCAACCCCUACGCAAAGUCCUAUACCCUGGUAUAACACAGAGCGCGGACGAGAACUACACACGUGAGAGCUCUGUGAUGAGGAGGAAGACAAAAAACACAAAUGCGGACACUUACAAAAAACUUGUAUAUAUUUCCAACUCCAAAUGGAUGAUUAACUCUUUCUUUCUUCUUCCUUCCUUCCUUCCUUCCUUCCUUCCUUCCGUCCUUCCUUCCGUCCUUCCUUCUUUCCUCAUUUCUCUCUUGCUUUA